CCCGCCAAAACAUCUAUCGGCAUAUAUGCAGGGGUAAUAGCAGUUGCUAGGAUUCCAACAAUGGAUUUGGUUACCGAUGGAGAUGUAAUAAAGGCUUCGAGGGAAAUCCAUACGAUCUGGAAGGUUGCCGAGAUAACACCCAUAAUUGCAUCAGUGAACAUCAUUGCCGUGAAACUGAAGGGUCGUUCGAGUGCUUUUGUCCUGCUGGGGAAUCUGGAGAUGGAAAAAGGGAAGGUAAAGGAUGCCACCGAACCCUUGUACUUACCAAGGGUGCAAUAAUUGGUUUAGGCGUUGGACUUCUAAUCCUGAUUGUAGGAGCUUUUUGCAUAUACCUGAGGUAUCUGAAAAGGAAACUAAUCAACUUGAAAGACAAGUUCUUAAAAAAAAUGGUGGUCCCAUUUUACAACAAAAGCUUUUAAAUGCUAAAAUCUUCACAUUAGAGCAACUUAUUAAGGCCACCAACAACUUUGAUGAGAGACUAAUCAUUGGUAAAGGACAUAUUAGUACGGUUUUCAAAGGAAUUUUGUCCAAUAAUAGGGUUGUUGCUAUCAAGAAGUUCAGGGAACUAGAUCAGAACGUAAUCGAGGAAUUCAUUGAUUGGUUGGUUCUUCUAGAACAAAUCAGGCAUAGGAAUGUGGUCCCCAUCUUGGGUUGUUGUUUAGAGAGUGAAGUUCCUUUACUGGUUUAUGAAUUUUUCAAUAAUGGUACCGUUUUUGACCACCUACACAAGGAAGAGAAGAUCAACUUAUCAUGGAAAACUCGUCUACAGAUAGCAACAGAGGCAGCUAGAGCUCUAGAUUAUUUGCACUCAGGUGCCACAAUACCAAUUAUCCACUCAAAGGUCUCAAGUGGCAAUAUUCUCCUUGAUGACACUUAUACUGCCAAAUUAUUGUUUGAUUUUAGGAAUCUAAGUUUGAGUUCGAUGCAUGAAAUUGGACUAGAUCUUUAUUAUUUGGACCCAGAGUAUAUUCACACGGGCCAACUUACUGAGAAAAGUGAUGUGUAUGGUUUUGGUGUCGUUCUCGCCGAACUGAUAAUAGGGGAGAAAACAAUUCAUGUUGAGAAACCAGAUGGAGGAUUUCCCUUUCUUGCUAAGCAGUUCAUCUUAACCUUGGAAAAGAAUUGCUGGCUUGAUAUUCUUGAAACUGGGAUUGUGAAUAAAGAAAAUGAAGACGAAUUCAUCCAAGUUGCUCUACUUGCAGCAAAGUGUUUGAGACUUCAUGCAAAAGAAAGGCCUAGCAUGGGAAUGGUUGCAAUGGAGUUGAAGAAUAUAAGACAGAAGCAUCAAAUCAAACACAAUUCAGACCUAAGUUUGACCAAGAGUCUUCGCUUGUUUGACGAUCCAUCUGGCACAUUUGAGCAUGGCAGUAGUAGCACUAGCAGUGUCCAAAACAGUGGCUACGAAUCGUGUACCGAUUCAAUGCAAGAUGGAUUGUAUUCAGUAAUAUAAAUAACACUCUAGAAGAUUUAUCAAUAAAAAAUUUAUUUAUGGUAAUGAUUUAA